UCAGUUUUCAUUUUGCCCGUGCAUUGGAAACAUUUUCUCUGAAAUUGUGACUACAAAGUUUGGAAUUGAAAUCAAGAAAGUGAAUUUUACCAGCCAUACAAGUUACUCAAGUGCAUUACAAGCGACCUAAAUCAAAGUUGAUGGUCCAGAGUUAUAACUGCGAUAGAACACAAAGCGCACCGCAAAUCGUCCUACGUCAGCAACAUUCGAUCGCCAUUCUUAUACGAUCCAAUUAAUGUACGUUCGAAGCAGAGCAGAGGAUUUCCUAUCAAAAGAAUUUCCGAUUAUUCGUGUGAUAUUUCUACUGGUUUAGACUUCGAUGAGUUUAAUUUCGUUGACCUUAGAUUUCGUUCACAUCACUCAUUACGUCUGUGAGCCGCAGUGUUUAUAUACAACUGGAUUUUAAUGAAUCCAAUCAGACGCGUUUUUUAGAGCCAAGCCUGCGGUUUUUUUUUUAUUGCGAUCGCUUCGAUCCAGAGGUCAUUAUUGCGCCGAUAAGCCUAACGAGCAGUCGCAGAACUGAAUCUCAGACCGCCAGUAAAAGUGCAAAGGUGUCCCGCAUUACGGCGACGUACGCUAAACACGGCCCUAUGUUGAGUUAUAACCGAAAAGUAAACCUAUCGGAAUUAAUGCUGCUGAAUGUGCUUAUAAAACAUCUUAUAAACUCUAAUGUUACAUAACGUCAACUAAAAAUCAUCUAGUAUAGAAUCCAGAGUUACUUUAUCAAAAAGUGGAAGAAAUAUCAUUGAAGCGCCAAUCAAGUGUCAAGUUUUAUUGAAUACCAAGCCUUUGUGGCCAAUUUACCAGGAGGUACACGAUAAAAGCUAAUCCACUUGAAGCAGUUGAUUGAUCGAUCAAUCCGUUUCUGAUUGUUGCUGAAGCAUUCAGAAACUGUCAUAGGAAGGAUUCUAAAAUCAUUGGCACUGCAUACAUUCGAAUCGGAAUGAUGAAUCUUAAAAUUCUUUCUCUGCUAGCUGUGCUAGCAAUACUCGCACCGGUAAUCAGCGGUCGAGCAAUAGAUCUUGACCAGGAUAACUCACUUUCGGCGUCCUCUACCGGACCUCGAACGACGAUUAGGCCAAAUUUCGUAAAAAUCACCUCUCAGCCACCAUCACAGAUAACUCACUUACGAGGAAGCACCAUUGAAUUGGAAUGUGAAGUAAUGGGAUCUCCGACACCUAACGUUCAGUGGGUACAUGGCAGUGGUCAGGCAGCAGAUUGGGACGACGUAACCAUGAACAUCAUUAGUGAAAGCAGUCCAACUACAAUGGCACGUGUGGUAUCGCGUCUAGUAUUGGAUCAUUCGACAAGAGCUGCCGAGAGUACCUACACUUGCAUUGGCCGCUCUGGAGGUCAAAUUGCUAUCGCUUCAACAACCGUGUUCCACGUCGAUGCACCGCGUUCCAACUUCACUGAUAUUUUGAAACCAGUGGCCCAUCAUUUCAUGCAUCUCAAACCAACUCGCGUUACACUCCAUUACCGAGCAUUAUUUGAAGAUAUGGGCUCGACAGUAAUUCUUCCCUGCAAAACCGUCGGACGUCCUUUGCCAGAUAUUACUUGGAAAAAUGAAGAAGGCAAUGUCAUAAGCAGUAUACAGGAUCCAAGAUUUCGAACACUAGCAUCAGGGGAAUUAAUCAUCAAUGAUCUUCGAUGGGCUGAUAUGGGAUUGUACACUUGUGUUGCAAAAAAUGCCAUCUCGAAAGACGAAGCGGAAACUUUCCUCUAUCCCAUUCGACCUAAUUAGGACUACGGCAUGAGGCACAAGCAGAAUAUCGGACUGCAUAGAAUCAUGAACAAAAGGAUAGGCUACAUUCCAAUCCACGUAUAGUUACUAUUUUCAACAGUCAGUAAAAAACACUUAUGCCAUUUACUUAACUUAUUAAUCAACAUGUAGGAACAAAAUGCAUAACAAAUAAUUUAUUUAAAUAUCCUUUAAAAAGUAUUUCAACAAUUUAUAAAAUAAGUGACUAUCUUGAAUACUAGCUAGUAAGACUUUUUCUUUCUAAAAAUGCCAACGAAUACAACAGAAUCGUAAAAUCUUGUCAUUAAAUUGGUAAAUGUAAAUAGAAUUCGAGCCGAAUUCAAAACUAUUUGUACAUUGUUUUGGAUUGAUUCCAAAACUGUCUGUCAAAGGUACACUAAACAUGAAAGGUACUAUGCACAAAUAAACAGUUUUGAAAAAUAUAAA